GAUUUUUGUGUUUAUUAAACUUUAUGAAUUAAAACAUUCUGUUAAAAACGCAUUAUAAUUCGUCACAGUACAAUUUUUUUUGUAAAAAUGUCGAAAAUUCCUUUUGUAAAUAUGUCUGAUUAUGACAAGCAGGGAUGUCUCCAUGAGAUGUUUAAAAUUCAAGCAAAAGCCACACCAAAUGCAGUGGCUGUAAUUAAUAUUGAUGAAACUAUGGUCACAUACAAGGAAUUAGAUGAAAUGACUGAUGUAUUGGCUGCGAAGUUAAAAAGUAUUGGUGUUCGCAAAAACACAAUGGUUGGUAUUAUGAUGGAACGGUGUUUGGAGUAUAUUAUUAGUUACAUUGCUAUUCAAAAAGCUGGAGGUGCAUGUCUCAUCAUAGAAGUAUCGUAUCCUUCAACACUUCUUAGCUCCAUUUUAGAAGAUACAAAUCCGGAAGCAAUUAUUACUAAGACAUUCUAUAAAAAUCGAUUUAAUAGACAAAAAUUAAUUAUUAUGGAUGUUAAUUGGUACGAGAAUUUAAAAAUAUCAUUGGAUGACUCUUGUAAACCUGAAAAAAGUGAACUCGAUGACAUAUUGAUGGUAGUAUUUUCAUCAGGCACCACAGGAAAACCAAAAGGUAUUUUAUGUCCUCACCGUGGUGCUGUAUAUUCUUUUACAUGGAGACAUAAAGCAUUUCCGUAUGUAGAAGACGAUAGAGAAGCCUGUAAUGUAUUUUUUAUUUGGGAAAUGAUUAGACCAUUAUUAAAAGGACUUCCUUUGUAUAUAAUUCCUGAUGAUACUAUCUAUGAUCCACCAAGAUUAUUAGAAUUUUUAAGGAAAAAUAAAAUUACAAGAAUGUUAUUUACACCUUCUCUUUUACAAACUGUCCUUGAUUACAAGGGUAUAAACAUACCCGAAGGAUUCAAAACACUUAGACAAAUUUGGAUUUGUGGAGAAGUAAUGACAUCUGCUUUAAGGGAUAGAAUAGAAAAAAUUGCUCCGUGGGUUAAAAUGUUGAAUUUUUAUAGUGUGUCCGAAUGCCAUGAUGUAACCUGUGCCGAUAUCUCAAAGGCUUGCGAUUUAGAGCAAAGUCAAUUUGCUCCAGUAGGCAAAACUUUACCUGAUGUGCAUAUAGUGAUAAUGGAUAACGAAUACAGAGUUAAGAACAUAGGAGUUCCCGGUGAAAUUUACGUUGGAGGGCCUACGCUCGCUAUCGGAUACUUCAAUCGUCCCGAAUUAAAUGCUCUACGAUUUAUCCGUCGACCAAAUACAGUACCAAAAGAAUUUGGCGAUCGCUUGUAUAAAACCGGUGAUUGGGGAUGUUUAACAUCUGAUGGAAGUUUAGAGAUUAGAGGAAGAUGUGAUACAAUGGUUAAAAUCCGAGGUUAUACUGUUGAACUACAGGCUAUUGAAGCUACUAUUUUAAACGAACCUGAAGUAAAUUCAGUAUGUGUUGUAUCCAUUGGAGAAGAAGGCACUGACAAAAUGUUGAUAGGUUAUGUUGUAUUAAAAUCCGAAGCAAAGCUAUCUGCAACGUCGUUAAGAUUAAGAUUGAAGUUUAAAUUACCAUUUUAUAUGGUGCCACCUCAUUUUUGCUUCCUUGAUAGAUUGCCAGUUGUGGAAGCUACAAGUAAAUUGGAUAAAUCAGCUUUACCAAAAAUUAACCUGGAUAAAACAAAUGGAACUAUAAUUGAAAAUUGUAAAACUCAAACAGAAAAAAUUGUUGCCACAAUAUUUUGUAGAUCUUUAAAAACCUAUAGUAUUGAUGUUCAAGAUAAUUUUUUUGAGAAUGGAGGGCAUUCAUUAUUAGCAGCCAGUUUAAUUGGUGAAAUAAAUGAUACAUUUGGAAUUAAAUUACGUGUGCAAGAUUUAUUUCAAAAUCCUAGUGUUGAAAUGAUGGCAUCACUUUUAGAUCACAACAUAUCUGCAUCAAAUAAAAUAAACUUAUUGGAGGAACUAAAUAAAAUUGUUGAUAAUUCUAUCAUCCCAAAUAAUAGCCUUAAAUCAUUUUGGAAAGCUGUAAAUUUAAAUAAAAAUAAAUUUACUUAUGGAAAUGUACUACUUUCUGGGGCAACAGGAUUUGUUGGUGCAUUUAUUUUACAUAAGUUAUUGCAAACACAGGUGAAAAUAUUCUGCUUGAUAAGAGAUUCAACAGAUUAUAAGCCACUAGAAAAGCUUGAACGAACAAUGAAACAAUAUAAUAUAAAUGUUGGUUCUUCAAAUAGCCCUUUUUAUUCUAAUGUGGUUGUCUUAAAAGGGGAUGUAUCUUUAAUACAUUUUGGAAUGCCAGAUGAUGAAUACGAUGCAAUUUGUUAUGAAAUUGAUUAUGUUAUCCAUGCAGCUGCUCAGGUUAAUUUAUCAUAUCCAUUUGGAGCAUUGUAUAAAAAUAAUGUUAUUGGUACCAAAAAUAUAAUACAGUUUUGUAUAGAUGGUAAAAUAAAACCUCUUCAUUAUAUUAGCUCAUCAGCAGUUUUUCCUCAAGGUUUUAAAGAUAUCAAAGAAAAUGAUGACCCAAAAGUCUGGGCACCAUUAUUAAAAGGAGGUUAUGGACAAACUAAGUGGCUUGCUGAACAGUUGGUUUUAAAUGCUGUUAAAAAAGGAUUACCAGCUUCAAUAUUUAGAUGUGGCAAUAUAGGUGGGAGUAGAUUUAUACAUAGCUGGAAUUCAGCAGACCUUACAUUAUUUAUAAUACAAGGUGUACUAUUUACAAAUACAUAUCCUGAUAUAAAUUGGAAGAUUGAAUUGACCCCUGUUGACUUCAUUGCAAGUACUAUUGUACAAUUAGCACAAAAUUUAGAUGAAUCAUCAGGCAAAAUUUAUCAUUUAAUUGAUAAACCUUUCGAUUCAAAUAAUUUAUGGGAAGUUAUGGCUGACAUUGGUUAUGAUUUAAAAUGUGUAACUUAUGAUAAAUGGUCACAGAUAAUAGAGAAAAAUUCAAAUAGUAAUUCUAAGUUGGCUCCACUUACUUAUUUAUUAAAUUCUACAAUGGAAAAUAAAGAUUAUUUAGAAAAUCAACCUACUGUAAAAAUUACAAAUGUUGAGAGAUAUUUAUCUUUUGUCAAUUUAAAGUACCCACAUUUGGAUAAAAAUGAAUGUUAUAGAAUAUUGAAAACAUUAGCUCAUUUGAGCUUGAUUCCUCAGAUAAAAGAUCCAGUAGAAUCAUUAUCAAUAUCAUCUUUAAAAUCAAAAGUUGUACUCAUAACGGGCGCCUCCUCAGGAAUUGGUUAUGAAAUCACAAAAAGAUUUGCAUUAGCUGGGGCUAUAGUGAUUCCAACUGGAAGACGAAUAAAUCGUUUGCAUGAAUUAAAAGAUGAAAUAUUGUCACAUGGAGUUAAUGAGAAUAAAAUUAUUCCUUGUGAAAUGGAUAUCACCAAUCCUAUAAAUGUAAGAAAAAUAAUUAAAAACAUUGGACAAACAAUUGGUCCAAUCGAUAUAAUGAUUAAUAAUGCAGGAGUUAUGUUUUAUUCAAUGUUUGAAAAAUGUAAAGUAAAUGAAUGGGAUGAAAUGGUUAAAGUAAAUUGUAAUGGUAUGUUAAAUUGUCUUGGAGCUGUUUUACCAAUAAUGACAUCAAGAAAUUCUGGACACAUUGUUAAUAUAACUUCAAACGCUGGACGAAGAUCAUUUCCAGGUUUAGGGGUGUAUUCAGGAACAAAAUAUUUUAUGGAAGGUGUAGCUAGUGCACUAAGGACUGAGAUGACUGAAUAUAAUAUUAAAGUUACAUGCAUUCAACCUGGAGAUGUUAAAACUGAAUUAUUAAAUAGAACUAGUGAUUACGAGGCUUUAAAACGAUACGAUUGCAGUCAUAAUAAUGAAAUUCUUGAGCCAUCAAAUAUUGCAGAAGCUGUUCUCUAUGCUGUUACUCAACCAUCAUUUUGUGCUGUUAAUGAGAUUUUAAUUGAACCAAAAAUGCUUCCUAUCUAACAUUCCUCAAUUUUUAAAUAUAACUAAUAUCAGUAUUGGCUCUAAUGUGAAAUACUUGAUAUAGUGUUUUAGAUAUUCAUAAAAUGAGAAUAAUUUGAUUUCCCAUUUUUAUGUAU